AUGUUCACUAAAACUAAGACGAUACCUCUCUCCAUCGAACAAGUACUCACAACAGCAGUCCUCACAGUGUCUGAUGUAAAGUUCUGUGUAUUUUUAUCUGCAGGAUCUGAUGAGUUGAGGAUCAUUCUGAUUGGGAAGACAGGGGCGGGAAAGAGUUCAGUAGGAAACACCAUCUUGGCCAGAGAGGCUUUUAAAGCUGAACUAGCCGCCGUUUCUGUGACAUCUAAAUGCAAGAAAGAAAGAGGAGAGGUUGGAGGGAGGAAGGUUGCACUCAUCGACACUCCAGGGCUGUUUGACACGAGUUUAGGCAAUGAAGAAGUGUUUAAAAGGAUCAAGAUGUGUAUCGGUAUGUCCUCUCCUGGUCCUCAUGCCUUCCUGGUGAUUGUUCAGCUCGGCAGGUUCACAAAGGAAGAGAAAGAAACUGUGAAAAUGAUUCAAACCACAUUUGGUGAAGAUGCAGAUAACUACACAAUGGUGCUGUUUACCCAUGGAGACAAGCUGAAGAAACAAACAGUUGAAGAGUUUGUUUCAAAGAGCGACGACCUGCAAGAAAUCAUUCAGAAAUGUCAUGGUCGUUAUCACGUCUUCAACAACGAGGUGGAAAACCCGUCUCAAGUCACUGAGCUUCUGAAGAUGAUAGACGUGAUGGUCGAGGAUAAUGGCGGGUCGUACUACACCACAGAGAUGUACAAGAAAGCAGAGGAAGAAAUAGAGAACAAGAAACAACAAAUCCUGAAAGAGUCUGAGGCACAGAUGAAGAAAGAGAUGGAGGAACUGAAAGCCAAAUACUCUGGGGAGAUGUUGGAAAUGCAAAAAGAAAUGAUGAAAUUAAGAUGUGAGGCUGAAGCAAGAGCUAACGCUGAACGUCACUGUUCAGUACAACCCCCCCAAGUUGUAGUCCCCUGUGUAAUCAGUUAAGCAGCUUCUCUGGUGUAAGAUAAUGUAUAUAUAAGUAUAAUGUCAGUGAUUUCCUUGUAGGCCCAGUGUCUGAAUGAGUCAGCAGCUCCUGAUGGAUGUACAGUCAACUAUCACUGGAUUACUUUGAGUUAAAAACAAGUUAUGAUUUCUAAGCAGAUUUCUGAAAUCGUCCUUACUUUGUAGGUUAAAGGGUAACUACCGU